UAAACCUCCAUCCACUCCUCCCCCCACCUGUACACUCCGACGCCGCCUUAAUGGCUUCUUCGUCUCGUAAUCGACGACAAGAAGAUUCAUACAUCGAAUAUGGUGUUUCAUACUUAAAGAUCUACAAUAUGAAGAGUUGUGAUGAGGAUUGUGCUGAUCAUCACCAGAGCGAUCCACAUCCAGAUUUUAUGGAUAUUGAUCAUACCACUGAAGAAGAACGACCCCCAUAUGUUAUAGUUGUUCACGGCCCUCCCAAGGUCGGUAAAACUCUCUUAAUAAAGUGUCUGGUGGAUUUCUAUACCAAGGGAAGUCAUUCUGACAUGGCAGGCCCGAUUAGGAUUGUAGCAGGAAACAAAAGACGGAUACAGUUUGUGGAGUGCCCCAAUAAUGUCAAUGGCAUGAUUGACGCUGCAAAGUAUGCCGAUGCUGUGAUAUUCCUCAUUGAUGCGGGUUAUGAGUUUGAGAUGGAAACAUUUGAGUUCCUCGAACUUUUGAAAGUUCAUGGCAUGCCCAAGGUUAUGGGGGUGCUUACAUAUCUUGAUAGCUUCAAGAGAGAAUAUGUACUCACAAGGACUCGGCAAAGCCUCUUGGACCAGUUUCAGACUCAAAUAUGCAAAGGAGCACAGCUAUUCUGCUUAUCUAGUCUUCAUAAUGGGAUGUACUUGGAGAAAGAAAUUAGCGAACUGGCAAACUACAUAUCCACCAUGGAGUUCCAUCCUUUGUCAUGGCGUGCUGCACGUCCUUAUAUGCUGGUAGAUCAUUUUAAAGAUGUCACUCCUCAAGAGACAGUCCAAAUGGAUAAUGAAUGCCCGAGAAACAUUAUCUUGGAAGGGUACCUUCGAGGAUGUCACAUCGAGGAAGGAACUAAGGUGCAUAUUGCUGGAGUUGGUGAUUUCCAGUUAGCUAGCGUGACAAGCUUAGCUGAUCCAUUUCCUGUUGAUAGCGGUCUUGCUGAGUUAACCUGCAUGGAGUGCGGGUGUGUCAGAGCAGGGUCUUAUGUUAGCCUUAAGUUCCACAACGUUCCAUUUGAAAUGGUUAAAAAUCAUAAUCCUUGUCAGCCUAUUCUCGUUGGAGGUAUCACUAUUGAAGAAGAAGCUGUUGGAUGUAUUCAGGCAAAGCUUGAGUUACAUAGCUGGCAUUUGAAGCUAUUGAAGUCAAAGGACCCUAUCAUUGUUUCAGUUGGUUGGAGGCGGUACCAGACAAGACCUAUUUAUACCCUGGAAGACUGCCGUGGAAUCUAUCGGUUUCUCGAACACACUCCGCGAAACAGGCUCUGUUAUGCAAUGUUUUGGGGCCCUCUUGCGCCUCCCAAUACUGGACUUGCUGUUGUGCAAAGUCUGGCAGACAACAAGCACAGGGCAGCAUUUAGGUUCUUAGCAAAGGCUUCUGUAGUUGAUGUUAACAAGGCCGCACGGAUAGUUAAGAAAAUAAAGCGGUUUGGAACUCCUUGUAAGAUAUCCCAAAAAACUGUUUUUAUAAAGGGUAUGUUCAAAUCAGACCUCGAAAUUGCUAAUUUCAAGGAUGCAAAACUUCGGACUGCAAGUGGAGUUUCUGGGAAGAUUAAUGAGCCUGCAGGGGAAGGUCUUGCUCAUGGACUAGAAGGGAUUGCUAAAUGCACAUUUCAGCGCAAAAUUCGCAAGCAUGAUACAGUUCGCAUGCAUGUGUGUAGAAAGGUUAAGGUUCCUCGCUUCUUCGACCCAAUAAUGAGAGGUCCAGAACCACCUGACCGUAUUUGGGAAGGCCCGGUGGAUACUCUUAGUGUAAAUCAUCUCGCUGCGGUUGCUGACAGGGAUUCAUAUCGCAAGACUUAUAUUGAUCCGUCAGAACCCAGGCACCGCGAAAUACGGUCGAUGUUUAAAAGUGUGGUUCUUGCAAAACGGCGUGCGAUUACCAAGAAGGAUAAACUAGCAGUCGAGCGCCAAAAUGAAGAGUUGAAAUCUGCAGCUCGUGCAAGGUUGAGUGAGCUGAAAUCAAAGGGGGUCCUUCCUCGUAGGCGGCAGACGCUCGAACAAGUGCGUGGUGUGUGAUUUAUUGAGAGUGAAUGGAAUCAGAGCGAAGCUGAGAAACAGUCGGCAUUCAUCUGGAAUGGGGUCAUUCCUCGGAGGCAUAAGCCUCGAUCAGUACUGGGUGUGCAGAGACAAUGGAAGCGGGAGGAAAUUGAGCAGCCGCCGUUGAUCGGGAAUACGUGUUAAAGAAAUUCAUGAGAUUUGAAGAGUCUUUAAAAGAGAAAGAGAGGAUGGCAAAUGAAAUCAGGAUGGCUAGCUCUAGCCCGAUAAGCUGAUGUCGCUCAUCAAGACCACUAUUAACAUCUGAUUCAGGAGAUUAAACUUGUGUAUAAUCGCAAAUUGAUCUUCAGUCGCCAGUCAACUUGUGGUGUUGGAUUGAGUCCCCACUGGAGCGUUCAAGUCCAUUGAUGGGUGUUCCUAUUAUAUCAGCAAGAACCUAAUGCAUCCCUGUCUACUAGAUUAGGCCAUAGUCUCAUUGUUGUAGUGCGCAUUUUUUGUCAUUUGCUUCAGUAUUGAUGGGACUGUCUAUAGCUUAAUGGCAGUGUUUAAUCUCCCUUGUUUUGCUUUGGGUUUUUCUCUCAUUUGCUUCUAUAUCUAAGAAGUACUCUUUCACCCAAAUCGAUGCCUAUCACUAUACUUGUCCUGAUGUUGAACGAAUCAUUUAUUCUAAGGUUGAGGAAGCUGUAAUGAACGAUCCAAGAA